AUGUCUUGUUUGUGGAAGGCGUCUGUCCGGCUGCAGGCCCCGGUUAUUMUUUGUCUUUUCACACUGAGCUCCGUGGCUGCCCAGGCUCGAUAUUCCAUCCCAGAGGAGCAAGCGGAGGGUUCUUUUGUCGGAAACAUCGCGCGGGAUUUAGGCUUGGAUGUGCAGAGACUAAUAGCAGGUAAAGCUCGCAUUAUUACAAAAGGCAGCCAGCAGUAUGUGGAUUUCAACCGAGACAAAGGCACGCUCGUUAUUAAAGAGCGGAUCGACCGAGAAGAGCUGUGCGGGAAGACGACGCCCUGCAGCUUCAGCUUCGAGGUGAUUUUAGAAAAUCCCAUCCAGCUUUACCGGGUCACAGUGGAGGUAGUGGAUGUUAAUGAUAACAGCCCGACUUUCCCAAAAGACAAAAUCGAUCUGAAAAUUGUCGAAUCUGCUGCGGCKGGGACUCGUUUCUCUCUGAUGAGCGCAGACGACCCCGACGUCGGCAUUAAUGAUAUCCAGAAAUAUAUCCUGAAACCUUUAGAUCAUUUUAAACUGGAAGUGCAGAACCAGCCUGGUGGAGGCACGUUUGUUGAAAUGGUUUUACAAAGCCCGUUAGAUCGAGAGAAGGAGGAGACGCACACGCUGGUGCUGAUCGCCUCAGACGGCGGAGAGCCACACAGAUCAGGGACGGUGCGCAUCCAUGUCACAGUGCUGGAUGCUAAUGAUAAUGCGCCAGUUUGCAGCCAGGCGGUUUAUAAAGCAGAAGUGAGGGAGAACUCUCCUGAAGGAACCGUGGUCACGACUGUCAGCGCAAAUGACGCAGACAAAGGAGUUAAUGGCGAGGUGACGUUCUCCAUACCUCAUGUGGGCAAAGAGGCCAAGCAGCUCUUUGAUGUUWAUGUAAACACAGGCGAAAUAAAAGUUGCAGGUAAACUGGAUUUUGAGAAAUCAAAGGUUUAUCAGUUAAACGUUCAGGCCAGUGACCAUGGUGGAUAUACAGAUACUUGUAAAGUUAUCAUCCAAGUAAUMGAUGAGAAUGAUAACACACCUACAAUACAGCUCAUGUCAUUUUCUAACACUAUAUCAGAGGAUUCCCCUCCAGGUACAACUGUAGCUGUCAUUAACGUGGAUGAUGAAGACUCGGAGAGGAACGGUCUGAUCAGGUGUUCCAUCAACUCAGACAUUCCUUUUAAAAUUGAGUCUUCAUUAACAGGAUAUUACACUAUAAUAACCRAUAAUAUUUUAGACAGAGAGAGUGUUCCUGAUUAUAAUAUAACUAUAACAGUGUCUGACCAAGGCUCUCCSCCUCUGUCCAGCAAGAAAAACAUGAACUUAAAAGUGUCUGAUGUAAAUGACAAUCCACCCCAUUUUGCUGAAUCUGAAUACAUUAUGAACAUACCAGAAAAUAAUUCACCUGGAUUUUCCGUUUUUGCUGYCAGUGCUACAGAUGCAGACUGGGGUCAAAAUGCUCGAAUUUCCUACUUUCUGGAAGAAAAAGAGAUUAACGGAGUACCUGUCUCCACCUUAGUGUCAGUGAAUUCAGAAAGUGGUGUCAUCCAUGCUGUGAAAAUUCUUGACUAUGAGCAAUUGAAGUGGUUUGAAUUUAACCUUACUGCUCGUGAUGCUGGAUCCCCUCCUCUCAGUUCAAUGACAACAGUAAAAAUUAUAGUCCAGGACCAGAACGAUAACCCCCCUCAGGUUCUGUAUCCGGUCCAGACUGGUGGCUCCUUGGUGGCUGAGAUGGUKCCUCGUUCAGCAGAUGUGGGCUAUCUGGUGACUAAAGUGGUGGCUGUUGAUGUGGACUCUGGACAGAACGCCUGGCUCUCCUAUAAACUGCAGAAAGCCACAGACAGGGCGCUCGCGGAGGAUUAUUUACACAUCAACAAGGGGAAGCCUUGA